AUGGCAUCCUUCGCAGCGAAGUUGGUGGCCAAAAAGUUAUUCCAGGAGAACUCAUCCAAUAAGCAGGGCCAUGAGGAUCCUUACUUUGAGACAGUACCUGCCAGCAGACUGGGUGGCCUAUACAAGACAAGCAAGAAGAGAAAGCGCGCUCUUCCACCCGGCUUGACACCGGAGGAGGAGAGAAUUCUCACAAAGGCGAAGAGAAGAGCAUACCGUAUCGAUCUGUGUCUCGGAAGCUUCUUGGGCACAAGAUUCGGCUGGGGUGCAGUCAUUGGGCUGGUGCCUGCCAUCGGCGACUUUGCGGACUUGCUCCUCGCGCUUAUGGUCUACCGAACCUGCUGCUCCAUCGAACCUGGGCUACCGUCCUCCGUCAAGAUGCGAAUGCAAAUGAACGUCGUGAUCGACUUUGUGGUUGGCCUCAUCCCCUUUGUUGGCGACCUUGCAGAUGCAGCAUACAAAUGCAACACCAAAAAUGUGGUACUUCUUGAGAAUGAAUUGCGUGCUCGUGGCCAGAAGAGAAUCAAGGGCACUCCACAAGCCAAUGUGGCGGAUCCAUCUCUACCUGACGAGUGGGAUUACCAGAACGACGAAGCUCUGUUGAAUGCGCAGAACGGCCCUCCUCCAAGAUACACCUCGCAACGACAGUCUAGAAGGUCCAACCGAGAGAGGCAACGUGAUCUUGAGGCAGAAGGAGGUGUCCAACCUCCAUUGCCUGCUCGCACCCGUUGA